AUGGACCCAGCAAGCAUCAUCGGCGUCGUCGCCGCUUCUCUCCAAUUCCUUGAAUUCGGUACCAAGAUAGCCACCAGAGCGUACCAAAUCAAGAACUCGACUACUGGCCAGACUAAAGAAAAUGCUACAAUCCUUGAAACCGUGAAUAGCCUCGAUAAACAUGUCACUCAUUUGGAAGACAGAUGGCGCGAGCACACGGCCAAGGCGACACCAUCGCAAAACGAGGGAGAGCUUCAAGAUGCGGUCAGCGAGUGCCGAGAAAUUGGCAGCACGAUGCAAGACAUUCUACACGGCCUCGCUAAUAACAAGAGCUCAAAGCCGUUUCAAUCAUUUCAACACGCCAUUCAAAGCGUAAUGGCGCGGGGGGACAUUGAAAAGCUCGCCGCAAGGUUAGAGGUUGCUAGAACCAGGAUCACCAUGGCCACUGUGUCGUGUGUUUUAGACGAAAUACACGUAACAAAUGCCUCUCUCGCACAAAUACACAAGAAGGCGGACUUUCUUGUCCAGUCCAGGCUGAGGGAAGAGAUUGCCUCUGAUGAAGAUCCAUCAGAGGAUGAAAAGGACGACGAUCCUGCCUUGGCAAGGUUCCCACAUGCUGAACUCCUCGGGAUUCCGGCCCAGAUUAAGACGGCAUGGGGUUCGAUUGAUCCGGAUAACCCGCUUCUAACGGCAUUAUUCGAUGAAUUGGUAACGAAGAUCUGGAAGCCAGACUGGGACGCAAAUUUCGACAACCACCAACGGGACCUUCCCUCCAUCCUGGAGCCAUCUUUGGAUGUAAUUAGGCAGGGAAUCGUGGCAUCUCUUCAGUUCCAUGUCAUUGACAAACGAGAGAAUGAAAUUGUGCAAAGCGCCGAAAACACCUUUGAGUGGAUAUGGCACAACGAACCGCCAAACGUCGAUGGGCAUCCUGCGUGGUCGAGUUUUCCUACCUGGCUCCGGCAAGACCAAACGAAGGUGUUCUGGGUCACUGGAGUCCCUGGAUCAGGCAAAUCUACUCUGAUGAAGUAUAUUCUUGGGCAUAAUGAGCUGAGAACGCUACUCUCAGAAUUGCGACCCGAACUGCCUACCGUUGUGCUGCACUACUACGCCUGGCACACUGGCACAAACGAGCAAAAGUCAUAUGAGGGAUUGCUCCGAACCAUACUUGCCCAAGGCCUGGCGGCAGUGCCCGAUAUUGUGGGAGUCGCUGCCAAAAGAAGAUGGGCCCUUUUCCGGGCUAUCCAGCCCGCCUCUCUCCGGGACUUUGAGCAAUUACCUAGAAAGCUCUGGGAACUCGACGAGUUGGAAGAAGUUCUUGGCUGUUUUCUUGCAGAACUGAAGGCGCGAAAGCAAGAAAUUGUCAUUUUCAUAGACGGCCUGGACGAAUUUGAAGCCCCUCCUACCGCCAUUGUUAAAAAGAUACAAAUAUUGGGCGCAAGUGGUGGUAUUAAAAUCUGUGCUGCGAGCCGUCCAUGGAGGGAAUUCGAGAAGGCGUUUGACCAAGGCCCUCUCCUGCGCAUGCACGACUUGACGAAAAACGACAUCUCAGCCUUCAUUAAACAAGAACUCGAGGAACUUCAAGCGUUCAAGGACCGCCAGUAUGAGAUUAGUGAGCUUACAGAACAGAUACGCACUAAGGCCAGAGGCGUUUUCCUCUGGGUCUCGCUUGUUGUCAAGCAGCUACGUCUCGGUGUGGAUGGUGGCAGAAGCUUUGCGGCUCUUCAACAAUCAAUCGACCAACUUCCCGAGAGGAUCCAGGAGCUAUAUAGCGUCAUCUGGAAAAGAAUACCCGUGGCGUUUAAAACGGAUGCUUCCAAGCUGUUUCAGUUAUUCAAGGCUUCGGAGCGCUCUCGAAACAUGCUGUUCAUGUGGGUAGCCUAUGAGGGCAAACCGGCAAGCUUCAUGUUCGGAUCAAAAACGAUGCGUGGGAUCAAGGCGACCACGCGGAGGCGACUAGACAGCCACACAAGAGGAAUCAUACAACUCUCACAUACAGACGACCUCGAACUACUCCAUCGGACAGCGCAGGAGUGGAUGCUGGCGGCCUGGGACGAGAUCUGCUCGGAGGCUCCUUUAUUCAAUCCGCACAUCCAUCUCAUGAAUGCAUGGUUGGUGUUUUCCUGGCAUUGGGGCCCGAAAUCUUUUAACAACGCUUUGUUUCAUGCCUGCAGAGCAGCUUUACCGGCCGAAGCCCGAACAAGGGAGACAAUAUCUGAACGCGAUGCAGUAAACGAUCUCAUCAAUUCCUUUGAGGCGUUUGAGGAGACUACUUUGCAAUGGGGCAAUCAACAUUACCAUUGGAGGCCUUGGUUGAACGAGCUCGAAAUCCCCAACUUCGUGUCUCUGAUGGGACUCGUCGGUGCUUCCGAUUAUCUUCGAAAAUUGUCACAAUCGGGCAGGUUGGCAAAGUUUAUCAACUCCACAGAUUCCACAGAGCGACUCGAAUUGGCAUGGGUUAUCCUGGAUUCUAGACUGCUCAACUCUAAAGGCGAAGUACCGCAGACAGUCUUGGACUCAAAGUUCGAGUGCGUUAAGCUCUAUUUUGCAGGAGUGGAUGACCCAAAAGCCCUGUGCGGGGCAGUUGCUGCAGCAAGCGCAAUGGCUGAAGGCUGCUUAAGACUUUCCGGGACCCAGAGCCGCAUAGACUAUUAUAACAAGGUAAUAGCGUACGUGAAGCAGUGGACUAGGGAUCAAGGGCUGGAAAAGCAGUUUGCCGCAGCACGCAAAGCGCGAAGAAAGCUAGGCCUUGACGACGUACCAGUAAAUGGCUCCCAAGCUCAAGAACUCGACUCAGCUGAAGAUCAGCAUUCACCCUACGGAGUAGCUUUCACUGCUUUUAGCAACCCUCCGACUCCGAAAAAGUCAUUCCUCAGGAAUAGAAUGGCAAAACUUCGAGGUCGUCUAUCUAAUUAA